AAACUAUCCCACAAAGCCCAACAAAACUGCAACUACAUCGGGCCCCAGCAAUUUACCCUUUUUUAACUUUUCCCUAAAAUUUUUUAUUUCUAGUUCUUCAUUCCCUCUCUCUCUUUCGCAGCUCUGCAGGGAAAGCAGGGCAUGAGGACCUGCACUCGUUAGCGAAGAUUUAAUCUUUAUGAGUUUCAUAUGGAUUUUCAUGGUGAAGUUUUAAGCUUUGGGGUUCAUCAAGAUCUGUUCAUGCUUUAGCCACAUGCAGAAAGGUAAAAUGGAUGCAACAGUUGUGAAUUGUCUUAUCAACAGCAUUUCUCGAUUCAUUCAUCUAGUUUCAUCUCAGUCAAUGAAACAUAUGCCUCUUCAGAAGGAUUACAGACAUCUAGUAGGUGUACUGAAGCUUUUAAAAGCAGUUCUUGAUGAAACCGUUGAUUACAAAAUUCCUUCAGAUGAAAUCUUAUAUAAGGAGUGUGAAGAAUUAGAUGUGGCUAUCAACGAGACUAGAGAGUUCAUAGAAAACUGGUCUCCAAAAAUGAGCAAAAUUUGCAGUGUUCUGCGAAGUGAGCCAUUGUUGAUGAAAAUCCAGAGCUCAUCACUAGAGAUUUGUCGCAUACUGUAUAGAUUGUUACAGUCAUCUCCAUCUACUUUAAUUUGUGUGCAGAAUUGUAUGCAGGAACUUCAAUGUCUGAAGCUGGAAAGAGUAACGGAAUAUAUACGAGAGGCUCUUAGAAUUCAAAGAGAUGAUAUCAUUCCCUGCACAGAACUUCUAGAGAAGAUUAUUGAAUUGCUUAGUUUUACUACAAAACAGGAACUUUUAAAAGAAAGUAUUUCUGUGGAGAAAGAGAGAAUAAAUGCCCAGGUCAACAUAGUGAAAGGGGAACUAGAUCAACUCUACCAAAUCAUGAAUCUUGUCUCCCACAUUCGUGAUUGCAUGGUGAAAAUCCAGCGGUUUGAAGCUACAGGUGGAGUCCCAGUCCCUUCAUAUUUCCGAUGCCCGUUAUCAUCAGAACUCAUGUUGGAUCCUGUGAUCUUGGCUUCAGGUCAAACCUAUGAGAGGUCUUCCAUUCAAAAGUGGCUUGAGAAUGGGUUGACUAUUUGCCCAAAGACUCGUCAAACACUCUCACACACAAAUCUCAUUCCCAAUUAUACAGUAAAAGCCAUGGUAGCAAACUGGUGUGAUGAAAACAAUGUAAGACUCGAUAAUUUUGCCUCAAUGUCAUCCCCAUCGGAUCAUAUAUCUCCACAAAAGUUAAUCUGCACUGGGUUCCCUCGUUCAUUACACAGUAGCAAUUCGACAUCAAGAUCAUCUCCUGAAGUUGGAAAUGGAUUUCAAAAGCAAAAGUGUGAUGUUUCAUCUAGAUUAACAGGGGAGAACUCCAAUAAAUGCCAAAGGAAGGAGAUGGAAAAGUUCGACCGUGCAUCACCUGAUCAGUCAUAUAUUCAUAGCAGGAGUGAAUCAGCCUCAAGUGCCAUUUCCAGUGUUGAUUAUGUGCCUCCACCAUCACAUGAAGUGUCAAGUACUUCUAAUAAGCAUGAAAAUGUGAAUGAGCUCUCCGGAGAAAUCACAACUGAAUUUCUUGCUGCUUCUCCUCGAUAUAACCAACCAGGAUUUUCUUGGUUAUCAGAAAAAAAAUUUGACAGCUCCAAAACAAAAGUUGAAGUUGCAGGGAAUGGAAACCAUAAUUACUUCAGAGAAAACUCGCUCCCAUUUUUGGAGUUGGGAUCUGAUGAGUUGACCACAACUUCUCAUGUCAAGAGAUUGAUUGAAGACCUUAAGUGUCAAUCAAAUGAAGUAAAAACUGCAGCUGCAGAAGGGUUGCGGCUUCUUGCAAAGCACGAUAUGGAGAAUCGCAUCAUUAUAGGCAAAUGUGGAGCUAUUGCACCAUUGCUUUCGCUGAUGUAUUCAGAAAUGAAGAUAACACAAGAGCAUGCGGUGACAGCUCUAUUAAAUUUGUCAAUUAAUGAAAAUAAUAAGGCCAUGAUUGGGGAAGCAGGGGCUAUAGAACCACUUAUCCAUGUUCUGAAAACUGGAAAUGAUGGAGCCAAAGAAAAUUCUGCUGCUGCACUAUUCAGCCUCUCUGUCUUAGAAGAAUACAAGGCAAAAAUUGGUCGUUCUGGUGCAGUUAAAGCAUUGGUGGGUCUUCUAGGCUCAGGGACUCUUAGAGGGAAGAAAGAUGCUGCUACUGCUUUGUUCAGCCUAUCAAUUUUUCAUGAAAAUAAGGCUCGCAUAGUUCAAGCCGGAGCUGUGAAGUACCUUGUUGAUUUGAUGGACCCUGAUACUGGGAUGGUUGACAAGGCUGUUGCUCUUCUAGCAAACCUGUCAACAAUUGGGGAGGGGUGUUCAGCAAUUGGGCAGGAAGGUGGUAUCCCUUUACUGGUUGAGAUUGUUGAAUCAGGAACUCAGAGGGGAAAGGAAAAUGCUGCUUCCAUACUGUUGCAACUGUGCCUCCACAGUCCUAAAUUUUGUACCCUGGUUCUGCAAGAAGGGGCCGUUCCUCCCUUGGUUGCAUUAUCUCAGUCUGGCACACCAAGAGCAAAGGAAAAGGCACAACAGCUUCUCAGUCACUUCCGAAAUCAGCGAGAAGUGGCUGCAGGGAAGGGCAAAUCUUGAAGAGACAAAUUUUGUUGGUUUUUUGCUGCAUACAAUUUUUUUAUUAUUAUUUUGCAUUAUUCUCCUCGUUAGUUGCUCUUCUUUAAGAUUUUCCUUUAGGGUUUUUUAUUUUUUUCAUACAUUCUUUAGUUUCAAUUAUGUCCAUUUCCAGCAUAGACCCGAAAUUUUCUUUUCCUCCGUUAUUGUGGGUAGUGAUGGAUUUCUUGUAAUGUGCAAAAUGGGACUGGAUUUUGAAGUUAGGACUAUUUAGUCUCCUGAGAACAUAGCUUGGUGAAGCAUGACACGUAGUUGCCACAUGUUUAUGCUGUUUUUAGGUCUUCCUGCAGUGUUGUACAUAUGUUGUAUAUAUCAUACAAUGUUUAUGCUAUAUAUAUGCGAUAGACUCUUGUCAUC